UUGGUGACGAGAAAUUGCACUGACAAUAAAUGGGAACCACCGGCUGCAGAGCUACAACCCUGCAUGAUGGCUGAGAAUAUUUAUAACUUAUCUGGUUGUCCACCAGGUUUUAAUAAAAUAUCAAAAAACAAUGAUGAUUUAUGCUAUCAAAUUGGUAAACCCAGGGAAUGGAACUAUCCUUGUCUUAAAAGUGGGGGAGCCUCUGUGAUUACGGAUUUAAGUAGCGAAGACACUAUAACCCUCUUACAAUCAUUAAAUGCUCGCAAUAUUUCAAGAUAUUUUUGGCUACCAGCUAAAAGACAAAAAUUUUUCAACCCAAUCAUCUGGCAAAUUCCCGGUCCAAAAUGGGGUCACCCAGUAGAAAGUAGAAAUUUUUUGAAAACUAGAUUUUGGUUUUUACACGCAUGCUUACUUUUAGAUAUAAAGGAAAACGUUUUAAUAACGGAAGCCUGCACAGAAAAAUAUCCAAGUUUAUGUUUUUAUAUUAAUGAACUACAUUAUCCAGCGAAAUGUCCAGAAAAAUACAUGUCCGUAAGAUAUCUACCAGAUGACGGAACAUGUUUUGGAAUAGAACAAUCCGAUACUAAUCUAACAUUCCAAGAUUUUGUUACAAAGAAAUGCGAAACUCCUAUGGGUGAUAGAGACAGUGAGCUUACACGUUUCAUAUUUAAAAACAUUGCAAAGUUUAAUAAUUUACCUGAAGACGUAUGGUGCUGGUUUACUUCGCUCGAAAGAAACGUUACGUCAAACACUGGCAACUAUUUUAAUUCUACCAAUACAUUUAUGACUAUUAACAGUGUUGGUACUGUGAGUUUAACAAACAACGAAGAUGAACAGUCCCUUCCUUGCAUGGCUUGUCAAACUGCAGUCACCUAUCCAGAGGCUGAAUUAAAUUUCGAAUACAGUGAAGAAGAAAAGUUAAUAUAUCUUACAAUAUAUCAUCCUUCAAGCCUGUGGAAAUAUAAUCAGUAUGAUAGAGGAAUUCAGUGUUUUUCAGAUGGGAAUGGGUUAGUAAAGGUGGUCCACAUCGAUGAUUAUCCGGUUCUAGAAAUAAAAGAAAUUCUUAAUUUUAAAAAUUCAGACACAGAUAAUGUCGAUAAAAUAGUAUAUGCUAUAAGUCUGAUAACACAGAGAUCAGCACAAUAUUGGUGCGAAGGACAUACUAAAAAUUUUUCCCUCAUAUCAACACACAAACUGGUAGUAAAUCCUUUGGGAGAAGAGCACUCGUAA